AAGUCUGCCUCGACUAUCUGGGCUUAAGCAACUUCAGCAAAAGAAAGCACGGCUCAUCUGAAGGAGAGAUGAGUCAGACGUCCCAGGUGUGGGUGAUGCCGGUUCCGUCUGCGUUCAGUCUGGGUUUGCUGCUUUUGCUGGCGUCGGGCUGCGCCGAGGCUUACCGGACUCCGUUCCCAGAGGACGACCAGGACCGAUACGAUCCUGGAGAAUACCGCGAACCCAGGUCUGAGUGUCGUCGGUGCUGUGACCCCGGGGAAGAGCCUCCACAGUAUGGGAGUCCUUACCCGCAGUACCAGGUCGUCCCACAGAUAAACAUCACCAUCCUCAAAGGUGAGAAAGGGGACAGUGGCCAGAGAGGGCCGUACGGUAAAUCGGGCAGAGCGGGGCAGAUGGGUGCCCCAGGCCCCACUGGCAUGAAAGGUAACAAGGGGAGCAUAGGUGCUCCGGGGGAACCGUGCAAGCGUUACUACGCCGCGUUCUCCGUGGGACGCAAGAAAGCCCUUCACAGCAACGACUACUACCAGACGCUAGUCUUCGACACGGAGCUGGUGAACCUGUACGGCCACUUCAACAUGUUCACCGGCAAGUUCUUCUGCUACGUGCCUGGCAUCUACUUCUUCAGCCUGAACGUUCACACGUGGAACCAGAAGGAGACGUACAUGCACAUUAUGAAGAACGAGCAGGAGAUGGCGAUUCUCUACGCGCAGCCCAGCGACCGUUCCAUCAUGCAGAGCCAGAGCUUGAUGCUGGAACUGGAAAGGGACGAUGAGGUGUGGGUGCGUCUCUAUAAAGGCGAACGGGAAAACGCCGUCUUCAGCGACGAUUACGACACUUACAUUACGCUCAGCGGACACCUCAUCAAAGCCAAAAGUGAGGGAUAGACAGCCGUGUCUAUGCGAUGGCGACUUUCCUAUAGUCAUGGUUUUUGUUGUUGUUGUUUUUUUUUUUAACUUACGUCAAGUGUAUUGGAACUAUAUUGAUUUGUUGUUUUCUUUUUUGUCAUGGUAUCUUUACAUCUUACGUUGUAUAUGAAAACAUCUUUCUUGUUUUUAAUGAACUGAUCAGAGACAAACAAUUUGAACAGGGACAUGAUAAGGCACACUCAAGGAUUCAUGGGAACACAAAGCAAAGCAGACCUCUUUAUUUCGACCCCUGGACAGCUGUUCCACUCUUAGGUCAGUGACAUCGUGAUUGGGGAAGGAGGCGAGAGAGUAGCGCUACUCGACAAACGCGGUGAGACGCCCAGCGUGAUUAGCUCCGUUUGUUCCGUUUGAUAUCUCUACUCUUCAGAAAAUUUGAUUCGCCCGCCUCGAGCCAAAUGUAGCAGAUUACGUAAAGGGGGACGAUCGCCCCCAGUAACUUUAUCUGAAUUCCGAGGCAUGUUUUAUCAAAAUAUCAGCAAAUAUGCUGAUGAGUAAUGGUCUCUGUAUCUAAAAUACUAUUAACGUGUAUAAACCUGUUGAGUUUAGGAAUGUGCACUAUGUCCAGGUGAUAAACUUGAUGAUCAUUUCUUAAUACUUCCAGCCCAGGUAGCCCUGGAAGUUCUAUCUUCAGGAAAUUGACAAAGCCAGUUCAGAAAAUAAGCUUCACUAGUUUACAUUUUGGUAUAAUCUAAACAGGGCCCUUCUGUAACCAGAGUGGUUGUUCAAGGCCAGCUCCAGGGGAGGUGACCCCAAUAUCCCAGCACCCCCCCAAAAAACAAGACAAAAACAAAAAAGUGGAAGAGUAGGCAAAAGCAUAGGUUGUGAAAUGUCUCCUUUAAGUCGGUUACAUUGAACAAAAUAGCACUGGGAACACAGGCGACAGAUGCACGGAGACACACUUAAGAUGACUUCGAAAUUUCAGAACUUACACUUUAGUGCCUUAUAAUUUUUUUUUUUUCACAGCACAUGAACCGAUCUGACAAGGAUAGAUAUUCUGCAGAAAAAAAAACAACAAAAAAAAAACGCCUCAAAUUUUGCUGGAGUGGGUUUUUAUAAAUCACAACCAAAUGUCCUAUCAGCACUUCAUCUUCAGCUGAAGUUGAAGUCUGCUUACGAAAGCAUCUUGCACCUCCACUGCCAAAUGCACAAACCUCUUUGUCAGAAACCUGACUUGAUAUCUGUCCAUGGUGUUGGUAUGAGUUGAAAUCCAUUGCGCAAUAUUCGUCGAGUAAUAAAGGUGCUCCAUAGCAAACACAAAUCAAAUACAACGGUGCUUUUACACAACGGACUGGUUUCCUAGAUGAUGAUUAAGACAAGACUAGACCUAGAGUUCAGUGGAUAACACACAAUAAACACUGUGUACAUAUUUGAAUUAGAAUUAUACAACUUGUGGUUCUUUUUCCUUAAAAAGUGUGAGGGGACCUAAUUGGUCCAUAGUUUUGCUGCAAUUAGUGCUUGCUCAGA